AUGGCUCUGAGAACUCUUGGUGCGAAGGCGGCUGCGGCCCUCGAUAAGGACUUGAUGAGUACUGGUGCCUUUUCUAUUGACCAGCUGAUGGAACUUGCCGGUCUAUCCGUUUCUCAAGCCGUCUACCGUGUUCACCCACCCAGCCGAGGCGUGAAUGUCCUGAUUGCCUGUGGACCUGGAAACAACGGGGGCGACGGAUUGGUUGCCGCCCGGCAUCUUCGUCACUAUGGCUACAAUCCGACUGUUUACUACCCCAAGAGAAGCAAAAAUGAAUUAUACCAACGACUGGCGCAGCAGUUGGUAGAUCUGAACGUUCCAUUUGUCGACGAUUUCACGGCGGCUCUUAAGUCAACGGAUCAUAUCGUAGACGCCAUCUUCGGAUUCAGUUUCUCUGGCGAAGUUCGCGAGCCGUUCCCUGCAGUGAUCAGGGCGCUCGAAGAAACAAAGUUGCCUGUGACAUCGGUUGACGCCCCUUCUUCAUGGGAUAUCGAGGACGGCCCGCCUCCGUCUGGUCCUGGCAGCUCUUUCCAACCUGCAGUACUCGUCAGCCUGACGGCACCCAAGCCGUUGGUGAAGCAUUUCAAGGGGCGCCAUUUCAUCGGCGGAAGAUUCGUAUCGCCAGGCAUUGCUGAAAAGUACAAUGUGGACAUUCCGCCAUACGAAGGCAUCGACCAGGUGGUAGAGGUUGACAACAAUGGUCAGAAGCUAUGA